UAUCGUGGCAAGAGAGAACUUUUAUUUCCCCAUGUCAUAACAUCCCAGGAAGAUAGGGUUUUUGCGAAGAGGGAAUGCCGAAGAGGACGACGCACACGUACUCUAGCGAAGACGCUGCUCCCGAUGGCCCCGACUCCGACCUCUACGUCUACUACUGCAAGCAUUGCGGCUCUCACGUACUCAUCACAGAUACUCAACUACAACGGAUGCCCAAGAGAAAAACUGACAAGGCAUACGUGCUUGAUAAGUCUAAGCACAUCGCGAGGCUCAACACGGUAGAAGCCGGGAAGCAAAUCCUCAAAAGGGGAGAAGGAAGAGCUGAGAAGCAGUAUCGCAUGAAAUGCUCCGGCUGCGGCCUCUUCGUGUGUUACCGCGCGGAAGAAGAUUUGCAAGCCGCGGAGUUGCUCUACGUGAUUGAUGGCUCGCUAAGUUCGGUGGCAGCGGAAACUAAUCCACAGGACGCUCCUGUGCCGCCGUGCAUAUCGCAAACAGAAGGGGGUCUGGUGCAAGUAGCGAUCGAAGUCGAGGACCGUGCUCAGCGAUCUGCGAUCACGAGAGUUAAUGCUGAUGAUGUUCGUGUGACUGUUGCUGCUCCAGCCGCGAGAGGAGAGGCAAACAACGAACUUCUGGAGUACAUGGCAAAGGUCCUGAGCUUGCGAGCGACGCAAAUGACGCUCCAGCGCGGCUGGAACAACAAAUCCAAGCUACUCGUGGUGAGUAUGAUCUCCAUCUCGUGCGAAAUCCACCUAAAGGUUUCUGUGGCUUCUUUCAUCGCUCUCCAUUGAUGUGCUGGGAGUGUGCCGCGCACCAACUUACAGGUGGAAGACCUCAGCGUCCGCGAUGUCUAUGAGAAACUCCUGGCCGCUGUACAGCCGAGCUAACCGGACCAAAGAGACAAACAGGUUCCUGUUCAGAACUCACGUCGGGUCUCGCAGCACAGUGGUGGCGAGAGGAAAGCAUCUAUUUCGCCGCUGAGAGACGACUGGAUUCCUCGUCCAUUGCUCCAGAAAACACGACGCUGGUUUAUCCGAUAUCCGUGUGGAACCAACAGGGCCGCGGACAAUUACGCGCUUCUACAGCUUUGACCAUACAGGAUCUGUUCCUAUAAGAAUCUUCCAGGCCCGAGGAUCAUGGAACUAGUCUUUAGAAGUUCGCAAAAAGAAGAGAGAAAAGCUCUAAGCGAUCGAGUGUCCAGAGAAGUUCACAAAGGAAAGAGAGAAAAGUUUGAAG